GAAACUUGUAACGUCAUUUUGAAACCAGAGCCCUCCCUUCUCUACUACUUUCUCUCUAUUCUCUACUCUCUACUCUCUACAGUCUCCUCUCCAAAAAUCGAAAAAAAUCCCGCUUACAACCGUCGAACUCUCUUGCUCUCUACACCUAUAUUUCAAACAAACAUACCCUCUUUCUCUGUUUUUAUCUUUGCCUUUGUUAGCAAUGGCGGAGUUUCCUCCAAAUUUGGAUGACGGAGAGCUAUAUCUUCCGUCUGAUAUUUUUCUAACUGAAGUACCCUCUAAAUAUAACCCAUAUCGUCUUUCUUGCAUGGAAGAUCUUGCUACUCAUUUCGCUUCUCUCUCUUUACUUAAAAAUCAACCAUCUUCAACCCCUUCAAGACCUCCUCCCAAACCACCGUUAAAUUAUCAGAAGGUAAAAAUGGCGGUUAGGGAUUUAUCGGCGAACCAUUUGCCAGCUGGGCAUGUUGGUUUUAAUGGCGGUGGUGGUGUUGCUGGUGUUGAGAUCGGUCAAAGACUUUACGGGUACGGAAACGGUUCCUUUUUAGCCCGGUCUGAACCGUUUUACGAAUUUCAAGUCCAGCCACAGGUUGAUAGCUACUUGGACACAAGGCCUAUGCUUUUGCAAAGGCCACGAACCCCAAUUCAGAAUCGGGUUUACCCAUUUCGAGGAAGUGGGUUUGAAUUUGGUGGCGGUGGUGGUCGUAGAGGGAGAGAAUCUGGAGGGACUGGUGUUUUUCACCCUCGUAUUGUCCAUAACUCCACAAAUGACUCUCCUUUUAAUGCUGAUUAUAAAAGGAAGCAAGGUGUGAGAAAUAAACAGGAAAUUCAAGUCAAUAGUCAACAGAGAAACUCCAUGAGAAGGGUUAGCAAGGAAGAGGAUUGUUAUUAUCAUCUUCCUCCAGAGAUGGGUUUGCCUCAAGACUGGACUUAUUGAGCUUAUCUUCUCCAAUUUCAGUGUAGAAGAAGAAAAUGAUUAGAAUAAGACCUUUGAGGAGAAGAAUAGAAGAAAGUUAAAUAAUUUGUAGGAUUUUGUGUGCAGUGCAGUGAAGGUAAAGAGAAAUAGGUAGAGAUUAGCAGAGAAAAAGGUAUGUUUAGUAUGUGUUUUAUGCUUGAAAGCUUUGUAGAAAUAAAUAAUGUCUAAGCUUUUGGUUUGGAGUGAAUUAUUAUUAAAUGGCCAAUACUAAGCAUUGAUGGAAGAAUAAUCAUUGAACAUAGCUCAAAGCUGGGAAGUGAAUUGUUGCCUUUAGAACUGUAAAAUAACAUACUUGAACUCUCCUUGAAGUUUAAAUAAAAAUAUAUGUUUCCUUUCUAAUU